CAAAAUUGGAAUGGAAGACCAACCACAAGAAAAUGAUGUCGUAAUGGCUAAAGAAGAGAGUAAGAGUGGCACAGAGGUAAAAGAUAGAUCCAGCCAGUCAGAAGGAGAGAGAAAUGAACAAUCUCAUGAAGAACAGAUGGAGAGAGAUCUCAAGCUCAUUAGAGGAUAUUGGAAACUACCUGCUAUAACUCAGUUUAUUUAAAACAUUCCAUCCUUUAUUAGGUAUAAAUGAAAUGACUCCUACAGAGCUUGAACAAUGAAUUCUAAAGCCAGAUGUUGAUGGAACUAUGGGAAUUUUUAUUAAAGCUUUGCUACAAAAAUCUACUAAUACUGAUCCUGAAAUUCCUGAGAAGCUAACUGGUAGGCCUGCUUCAGUCUACCAUGUUCCUGUGCUUAAUGAUAUGAACGAUUACCAGCCAUGGAAUGAAAAACUGGCCAAGAAGAUCAACUACCUCCAUAUUUUGUAUAAAAGAUUUAUAAAGAAGUAUGGUCUUAAAGAACUUACUGAGGAAGAGAAAGCAAAUAUCCCAAAUGAAGUGCUCUAUCAGAUGGAAGAUAUUACUAGCAAGGACAGUGGGAUUACUUAUUCCUCCAAUAUUCGGACUCACUUGCUGGAUCCACAAGAGAAUGAACCAGAUGUGAGGUUUGUACACUAUGAUAUGUCCGCUUUUACUGCUGAGACUCUCUCCACUGUCACUCUUUUUGAAGAUAUGGAUGGAGUCAACCCCUUUAGAGAUAAAGAAGUAGUAAGCCAAAAGGACCAACAAUCUGAGAAAGAAGAAGCUGCUGGAGAGGGAGAAGGAGAAGAUGCUAAAGAAGAGUAUAAAGAAGAGCCUGCUGAUUCUCAAGCUCCUGAAGAAAAUAGUGUUGAGAAUAGACUCUUCCAUGAAAUUCCGAUUAAAAAUAGAGCUGACAUUAUCCUCUACCUCUGUCAUCAAAAAGCAGGCUCUCAUGAAUACUCUAAAUUUGUGAAGAAAAUCAGGAAAGAAGAAAUCAGACUUUCGAAAAUGAAGAGACACAAGAUUGACAAAUUGUCAAAUUCUGAAAGCAGAAACUCAGAAUAUAUGGAAAAUGAGUCUACUGGAGGAUGGUGCGACACUGAGCCAAUACUAAUUGGCGAAGCCUCUACCUCAAUCAAGUACUUCUUCUUCCAAGACCAUCGAGACUGAAGAGUGUAUUCUCAACAAUCUGAGUUUGACAACCUAGAACUUGAAACUAAUAGUCCUGAAGAACUAAAAGAACUGAUCCAGAAGCUUAAAGACCAAGAUGUUGAGGAUGAAGAAAAGCAAAAGAAGAAAGAAGAGGAGGAAGAAAAGAAGAAGAAAGGUAGGAGAAAGACCCGUCAAUCCAGCAAGAAAGCUAGCAAGACCAAGAAGAAGCCAGAUCUCCAAACCAACAAGGAGCUUAUCCAAGAAUUGGAAUCUCUGAUCCCAGUCUUUAUUGAGAAUCAGGAGGAGUAUCAUAAGCGUCAAGCUAUCUUGGCUAGAAAGAUGCAAACCCUAGAGCGAUCCAGGAUGCUUCUUACAAAGAAAAGGACUCGUCAGGCGGAUAAAGAACUAGAACCUGAGUUUAUCUCAGGGAGAGUUACUAGAUCUCGUCUCAAAGAUCUUAACAAGACUGAAGAAGAGAAGGAUGUAUGCUCAUCCAAGAAUUCAACAGGUUAUAAAGACUCUGGUCAAAUCCAGACUGAGUUUGAGAGACAGAAAAGGAAAAAUAUAGAGGCUUUCGACAAUAAAAACGGCACAAUGACUAAACCCUAUAUAACUCAUGAAAAGUCUGCUAGAGAGCAGAGACGCCAAAAGAGAGUCCUAAGGAAUGAACUUCCAACUUCUGAAAAUAGAGAUGAAUUCAAGAAUAUCAACUGGAGUAAUAGAGAGAUCUUCAGAGAAUUUACCAGAGUCAAAUCUCUCAGAAGAAGAGAGAAAAACAAGAGGAAGAAGAUGAAAGCUAGAUAUACCUCCCGCAAGAGGAAAGGUUCUAUAAAUACAGAGGAAGAAACGGACCUAUUUGAAGAUCCUGAGGACUUUGAAUGGCCUGAUGCUGACAUUGAUAUUUCAGUCCUAAAACAACAAUCUACAAAUAGUGGGAGACAAGUCACCAAACCUGAGAAUAAGGAUGACGAAGAUGAUAAUACCCAAUCAUUAAAGAUUAUGAUGGAGGCAAAUAUCUACCGCCUGCUGGGUAAGCAAGAGCAAGGACUCGAAGAAAUGAAGAUAUUCUGAAGUAAAGAUGAUUAUCAUAAAAAGACAGAUGUCCCACAUCUAAAAGGUAAUAUUUGGAUAAAAGGAGAAUGGGUCUUGUCAGGAGAUAAAUCAAGGUCUAAGAUGGAGUAUACCAAGAAUAAAAAUUUCAGUCAAGAAAUUCAUGGUCAAAUGAUACAAGCUCUGAAACAAUUGAUUAUAAAGAGGGAUGCUGAGAAGAAACAAGCAAUAGAGACACACAAAAAUCUUGUAAAAACUACAGAUGAACUAAACUCAAACAAAGAGGAAACAAAGGAAGUGCCCGAUUCAUCACCUCCAUCUUCAAAACUAUCUGAACGAAAUGAUAAGCCAGUUUUAAUGGGACCUCCACCAAGUCAGGCUGAUAGUGCCACUCCAGAAGCAAUACCAGCUUCAAACCACCACAAAGUGUUCUUAAUACAAAAAGAUUUUCAGCAUCGGACACAAAUCCAAGGCCAUCCAGUUGACAAACAACUAUUCAGACUCCUCAAGGAGGCCAACGGGGUCUACGAAGGUUUCUUCUGCUAUGAAGAUAGGUUCAUCAGUGAGAAGAUUGUAUUGGAAAACUCUAUUGAAUUCCAAGAGACCCAGUCCACUAACCAAGGCUCUUCAUUCAAAAAAUUCAUCAAAACUGUCGGCUACGGUGAGAACAAUAUUGGGUUCUUCAUGCUCGAGGGGAAAGCGGAGCUUUCCCCCGAUGAGAAUCGCUCCAAGAUGGUUUACUUCGAUACCUACAACAAUGAAGAACUUGAACAAGAUUCUGAAGAAAGCCAGAACAAAAAGAAGCCAGUUGAGAUUGAAGAAAUGGAGCAAUAUUUGGGCAAGAAGAAAUUGCUGUGUAAUAGAAUUGGGAAACUUAAAUUUGUAAGAUAUUAUAUGGAGAAACCUGAGAUUAAGAAGAGGAGAAGAAGAGAGAGAAAGAAGAAAGCUAAAGAUAAGGAGGAGAAGGACUUGAAAGUGAAGGAUGAGGAGGUGAAGGAUAUGGUGGUUGCAAAUGAGAAUGAGUCGAAAGUGAAGCAAGAGGAUUCUAAGAGUGCAGAGGAUAAAGAAGGUAAUAAUGAUGAAAUGCAGCCACCACCUUUGAGCAAAAUCAAAAGUGAGAUCUUUAACAUCGAAGGAAUUAAUGAGAAUCUUCGACAGCCUAUUCUUACUCCUUCUUCAUCUCUUGCGUUACCGCCAGGAAGCACAGAAAAUCCUUUUAUGCCUUCAAUUCCGAUAGAAAUGAUAAAGAAUCUUUCAGAUUCAAGCGUUAGUCCUUCUAAAACCUAUACCCCAAAAUUUAAAGGAUCCUCAAAUCCAUUUAUGCAAAUGCCGGAUAUGUCUGGGUCUGAUAGAUCAUUGUCACAGUUUGCAGGAAGCUCCCAAAACCCAAUGAUUUAUAUGAAUGAAAUGCUUGGAGAAAGAAUGGAUCCUAAUUUACAGCAGAUGCAUCCAGAAAUGCGGUAUAAUUCAACUCAGAUGGACAAAAUUCCUACAGAAAUGAACACUAACCCAGCUCAAUCACAGAACAAACAAAGAGACGAACAUGAGAUAGACAAAGAUAUGGCUUAAAGCUCAUCAUUAACCCUAUAAAAAUGAAAUAAUUCUGAAAAUUUACCUUUU